CUCAGAGAGAGAGAGAGAGGGAGAGCGUUAGUUCCUAGUCGAAGUACCAAUUAAUAAAUUUUAAGUGAUGUAUUCAAGUUAGUUAGAGGUUUUUAUCGUUUAACACACAACUCGUCCAGCCCAGUCCAGUCAGCCCACAUUUCAAGCACCAUCAGCAACAUGUCCACAUACAAGCAGACAUGCACAAAUCUCCUGGAACUCUCGAACUCCAAGGUGACCGAGUGGCUGGCAAGCUUCGAUACAGUUAUUACAGAUUGUGACGGAGUCUUGUGGAUCUAUGGCAAUGCCUUGGAAGGUUCCGUUGAUGUCAUGAAUCAGUUCAAGGCCAUGGGCAAGAAAAUAUAUUUCUGCACAAACAACUCAACGAAGACGCGUGCCGAGUUGCUGAAGAAAGGCCUGGAACUGGGCUUUCGCAUCACCGAAGAGGGCAUCAUAUCCACUGCCCAUGCCACGGCGGCUUACCUGAAGCAGCGCAAGUUCGAUAAGCGAGUGUACGUUAUUGGCAGCGAAGGGAUUACACAGGAGCUGGAUAAGGUUGGCAUCAAGCACACGCAGUGUGGGCCGGACCCCAUGCAGGGCCCGCUGGACGAGUUUAUGGCGCAGCAUUUAAAACUGGACACGGACAUAGGAGCCGUAGUGGUCGGCUUUGACGAGCACUUUAGCUUUCCCAAAAUGAUGAAGGCGGCCUCGUACCUAAACGAUCCCAAGUGCUUGUUCGUUGCCACCAAUACGGACGAACGCUUUCCCAUGCCCAACAUGGUGGUGCCUGGGAGUGGCAGCUUUGUAAAGGCCAUCCAGACCUGCUCGGAGCGUACACCGACAGUGAUUGGUAAGCCCAAUCCUGCCAUUUGCGAGUCGCUGUUGAAUCCCAAGAAGAUUGAUCCAGCCAGAACCCUGAUGAUUGGCGACCGAGCCAACACGGACAUUUUACUGGGAUUCAACUGCGGCUUCCAGACACUGCUCGUGGGCUCUGGAAUACAUCAUCUGAGCGAUGUAGACCAGUGGAGGAAGACUAAAGAUCCAGAGGACAAGAAGCUCAUACCUGACGUGUACCUGCCCAAGCUGGGGGAUCUACUGCCAGCCAUUGUGAACAGCCAGACGGGUGGGAGCUACUAAUUUUACUACUUCAACAUCUAGUGUGUGUGUGUGUACUUGUGUACAUAUUUAUGACUGUAUGUAUGUAUUCGCAUAUUCACGAUGACGCAGCGCCUCUACAUUUAUCAAACAUAGACAGGAACUAUCUACAAACGAACAGAAAUUAAUAGUACAAUUUAUCCUACCAAAUAAAAUAUUUAAACACGCCCG